AUGCCAUUGACAAGUUAUGGAAAUGAAUUGACAUUUCGACAGAGUGUGUCGAAAAGUCCAUCAGAACGAACGACUCAGGAUUUAACAACAAUCAAUACUUAUUUGAAGCAUUUAGAAGCAUUAUCAUCGCUUCGUGAAUCGCAUAUUCGCAAUUUGUGUAAAACAAUUCGUUACGAAACACAUGAUGCCCAUCAUGUUUUAUUCAGCCGUGGUGAACUGAAUACCUGUUGGUACAUUCUUUUAUCCGGUUCAAUUUUUAUUGAAUCCACAAUGUAUUUACCACGAGCUAGUUUUGGUAAACGAACUCCUAGUAAUCAAUAUCGGAUCAAUGAAUGUGUCGUACUCGAACCAUCGGAAAUGCUUGUUAUUGAUUAUCCCGAGCUCGAUCAUGCUGUACAAAAUAACGAAUCAGUGAAGCGUAUCGGUAGUAAACAUAAUCGUCACCAAGAACAAACGAUAACUCCUACAGUCGAACAACAAACUACUUCGAUGGAUUCUGGCACGAUAUCGUCGCUUCAUCGAAAGAAAACUGCACAAAAUAGACAACGAUCUGUUACUGUGGCAAAUAUCAAUGAGAUUCACUCAUCAAUGAUACGCAGUUCACAUUCGCGGGCAAGUGAUACAUCCAGUGCUUAUUCCGGAUCCGAUGUAAUGCAGUCGUCAACUAACGGCGAAGAUUGCUUGAUAAACAAUAAUGGAGACAACUGUUUGGGACAAAGCGAAGAUGGAGGAUUAAGUCGUUGUAUAAGUGUUCAUGAAAGUGAUGAUGAAUCUGAAACAUCAUCUGAGCAUUUGUUCCAUCCUCAUGAUCAUGUCCGAGAACCUCUCAUGAAAGACGCAAAUGAGCGUACGGAUGAUGAUAUCGAAACUAUUCUCGAUUUCCUUAUUCAUUUUCCUGCAUUUGCUAAUUUAACAUUACAUGUUCGACGUGAAUUAUGUAAAGUUCUUGUUUAUGCUCAAGUUGAGAAAGCUCAAACCGUUGUGAUGAAUGAUGGUGAACGUUAUGAUUCAUGGUCAGUUAUAAUCAAUGGUAUCGUCGACGAUGAAACAACAGACGGUCAACUCCUUCGAACGUUGACCGUGGGAGAAAGUUUUGGUUGUGGACCAACACUUGAUCAAUAUUGUCACACAGGAAUCAUGAAAACGCGUGUUGAUGAUUGUCAAUUUGUUGUCGUUGCUCAAAAUGAUUACUAUGCAAUCUUAAAUCAAGGAGAGAAAAAUAUCCGGAAAAUUGAAGAAAACGAAAAGAUUGUUAUGGUCAAAGAAAUACGUAUCGAUGAUGAUGAAUACCAUGUACCACGUGAAAUCGUUAUCAAAGCUACCACUACUAAAUUACUCGAUUUACUUACGGACGACCAUCAACUAAUUGACGAUCCAUAUUUUGUUCAAGAUUUCCUUUUAACCUAUCGAACGUUUAUCAACGAUCCAAUGGUUAUAGCCGAUAAACUUCUCAAUUAUUUCGAUGAACAUUCGAACUUAACGUCCCUUGAACAUAUCGCUCGUGUUGUCCUCUCCUGGGUGAACAAUCAUUACAAUGAUUUCGAAACAAAUAUAAAACUCUACGAGUUUCUCGAAGUAUUCGAUGAUCGAUUACAGCAUCAUGAAAAAGAAGAAAUUCGAUCGUGGAGAUAUUUAAUAGAUUUAGCAUGUUUUACGAAAGCUAGUCGACGAAAUGUAACGAUAACGCGGUCAACGCGAGACGAUAUAUUGAACUUUAAUAUACUUGGUGGAAGUGACACGUUGGCAAAUAAUGGAAUAUUUGUUUCCAAAGUCGAGAAAAAGUCGAAACCAUAUGAAGCUGGUUUGAGAAGAGGUGACCAGAUCCUUAACGUUAAUGGUCAAUGUUUUGAUUAUAUAACUCACGUUCGUGCACUCGAAAUUCUUCACGGUACAACUCAUUUAUGUUUAACUGUAAAAAAUAAUCUAAUGGGUAGAUCAUCAAUUGUGAAAUUCACUUCAGUCUCUCAUUUCGAACGUCUUUCUGUAGGUUUGAAUGAUAUCAUCAAUCCGGACAAAUCCCCCAAUCGUAAAAAACGUCAUGAUACACUCUUCUAUGAACAAGAAAUUCGAAAUAAGCUUUACACAUCAUCACCCGUUCGUUCUAUAUCAAUGACUCCCAGCACAAGUAGUACAACAUCUGUAAUUAUUAAUAGUCCAUCCGAACCUCACUCUCCCGAUCCUUCUUCAUCGACUCAUUUACGUCCACCAUUAUCAACAAUCACUCCGAUAAAAAGCAAUCAAUCGACGGCAUAUGCAGAAAAAAAGAAACCUCGUCUAUUGAUCAAACACAAGGGUUUUAGACAAACUGUUAUGCAAAAGCUGAAAAUGUCCAAACAUAAUAGUGAACUCGACACAGCUGGUUUCGAUAACGAUGGUGAAUCAAGUUUUCUCGCACCCUCAUCGACCAAUUUCAGUAAUAAAAGUAUUAAUCGAAGUUCAAGUAAUCCAGAUCUCUCGCCAGCCGGAGUCUCAAAUAAAUCCAUCUCAUCAUCAUCGAGUGUACCUGGAAAUGAAGAAGAUCAUUCGACAUUUGUCGUUAAAGUCUAUCGAAGUGAUCAAUCAUUCAAAUAUUUUCCUGUACAUAAGGAUACAACAGCAAAACAACUUGUUAUGUUGGCAAUUACGGAGUUUGGUCUGGGCGAGCAAAGCAGUCAGACAUCUUCUCGUGUAGAGUUUGAUCUGUUGCGGUGUUAUUCCUUAUGUGAAGUAUCUAGUGAAAAUGGUGUUAUCAAACAAAAACGUCUUCCCGACCAUACCGAUAACUUACCUGAACGUCUUCCAGUAAAUGCUCGUUAUUAUUUGAAAAACAAUCAUUCGACUGAAACACUCGUACCCGAUCAUCUAUCGAAUGAACUAAUGCGUGAAGCACGUAUAAACUUCCUUCAAUUGGAUGCAUUAGAAAUUUGUGCACAAUUAACUCUACGAGAUUUCUCUAUGUUCAAAGCUAUACAAACGACUGAAUAUAUUGAUCAUAUAUUUAAAUUAAAAUCUGCCUAUGGCAUUCCGCAUUUAGAAAAAUUCCUGAAAUUGCCAAAUAAAGAAAUGUAUUGGACCAUAACGGAUAUCAUACGCGAGAGUAAUGCGAUACAACGAUCGAAAGUUAUUAAGCAUUUUAUCAAAAUUGCUAAAUGUUGUAAAGAUAUGAAGAAUUUUAAUUCAAUGUUUGCUAUUGUCAGUGGAUUGGAUCAUAAAGCAGUUCAACGCUUGCAGGCAACAUGGGAACGUGUACCGGACAAAUACAAGAAACUAUUUGAAGAAUUGAAAUCUUUGCUUGAUUUAUCUCGAAAUAUGUCGGUAUAUCGAAAUCUUCUGAAGAACGAAUUGGUUACUCCGCCUAUUAUUCCCAUGAUUCCAGUGUGUAUGAAAGACUUAACGUUCAUUCAUUUGGGAAACUCAACACAAGAGGAUGGCCUUAUCAAUUUCGAAAAACUUCGUAUGAUUGCAAAAGAAAUUCGUCAUAUAACGAGCAUGGCUUCUUCUCCUUAUGAUAUGUCGAAUAUGUUCGAUUCACUUACAUCUCAUACGCACAUUGUUGCUGGUUUCGUACAUCAGUCAUCGAUUGAUUCAACAAGUACGAUCCGUCGACAUCAACCAGCUACUCGAUUAUCUGUUAUGGCCAAUGCUAAACGAGUUUACGAUGAAGCAUUAAUGGUUAAAAAAGUGAAAACUUAUUUAAAUAAUGCUGAAAUCAUCGAGGAUGAAAAUCGCCUACUUGAUAUAGUCAACCAAUGUGAACCAGUUGGAGGAGCGAAUUCUUCGGCACCUCCGUCCGCACUCUUGACUGGUCUCACAUUGUUCUGUGAGGAACACGAUUUUGUCAUUUUGACCGCGCCGAAUAGUCCAACAGGGACGGAAGGACAUCCGACUGGUUUUGAUGACGAAAAAAUGAGCGUCAUUACAGAAGAUGAUGAAACUCGAACGCCUCCCUCUUUUCGAACACGACAAGCUUCGACGACAACGCCCCUCGGGGCUUUAAGAACCGUUCUUCUCAAUGUAAGCACACUUAAACGUCGUCCAUCACCAUCUACCUCCAGUUUAUCAUCUAAUUCAUCAUGUGAUCGCCGUCCUGGCGUUGGUAAUGGUAACAACAACAAUAGUACUGGUGGCACAAUACACUUAACUAAAUUCGGCACACAAUCACCCGAUGCAGUUAAUAAACUACUCCGUCUGUCCGACAGUAGUCAUCAAAUCAAAUCUGGAGCUCAACGACGAACGAAUCAUGUAUCAGUUUCAUCUAGUCCUUCAAGCGCAACAUCACUAACUAACCCUGGGUCACCGUCUCUAAGCAACUCAACCAUAUCAACCGCAACCGGACUUUCUUCUCUCAGCGAAUUUUCCCUUCCAAGUCAUAACCGACAUCAUCACCAUCAACAUCAUCAUCUGACGAAGAUGCGUGAUACUAAUAAACUAACAAGUGAAAGUUCAAGUUUGAAUUUUAAACAACCGACAUCGUCAUCAUCGUCAUAUUUGCAUCUCAUUCGAACUCAAACUCCCAAUCAAAUCAGUCAUGAAUUGGGAAAAGAAGGCGGAGAUUCAGGACGUGGAAGCCUUAAUUCGACAGACACUUGUGUCGGUGAUGGUAGUGAAAAGUCAUCAAGUACAAUUAGUGAUGGAUUUUCUUCAGUUCGUAUUCGAACUCGGCCACCUUUACCCCAGUCAACUUCUGUCACAUCUGGAUCUCAAAAUGACGUAAUACAUACGCCCAACUCCAAACGACAGUGGUUACAACGUUCUCAAUCCCAUAAUGAAGUGGUUACCAAUGAUGUAUCGAAUCAAGAAGAAUCAACUGUCGACUUCGACGAACAUGAACAAGUGACAGCAGUUUAA